GGGUAGAUCUACUAGUAUGUAUACAUGGGGUGAUCACAACAAAUGAGGGGUAAUUGUUUCCAUCUUGACUUCACAAUUUUAGUCCGCAAAAAUAUCGACAACAUACUAAUUGAAGGAUGGCUUCUCUCGCGACUUGCAAGUUCUUUGCGAGUGGAUAUUGUAUGAGAGGGGAGAACUGUCGUUAUUCUCACGAAGAAACUACUGUCAAACCUCAAGUUUCUGUUUCCGGGAAAAAGCAAUCUGAAGCUACAGCCUCAACUUCAAUCCAAGAUGCUCGCUCUCAAAUUUCAUGCUACCAUUAUUCUCGAGGCAAUUGUCGAAAUGGAAGUACAUGUCCCUUCUCGCACACUGCGGAUAAGCAAAAGAAAAAGGCAGAAGAACCCGACUUGGACCCUGAGGGAAGGAAAGAUUAUGACAACUUCACAAGAGAUUUCGGAGGCGCGUUGGCAAAAUUUGACGUUGGCGCACAAGUAUCUAAGAUCUUGCUACCAACGGACUUUUCUGCCGCUCGAAUAGAUGGAUUGCCAUUAGAUGUCACCGCUGAAUCCUUCGUUUCACUUUUGAAAAAGAAAGGAGUACAACUUUUACCCGAAUGUGUGAGGAUACGAAGGUAUGAUGACACGGCAUCGGCAGAUAUCAAAGUGGAUGAUCCUACUUUUGCAAAGGAAUUUUGCUCAAAGCUCAACGCAAAGACCUUUUUAAAAACCAAAUAUCCAAAGAUGGUAGCACAUCAUGUAUCUGCCGGCCUUCAACCUGGCAAAAAUUCUCAUCAAAUUGAAUGCAAGAAAAUUCAAUGCUCUUGGUUCAAACCUUCUAGGACGGUGUCGCUACAUUUCGGAAGUGAAAAUAUUGCCGAGAAGGUUUUCGCAAAGUUCAAUUCAAAAUCUUACAAGGUGCUAGGUCAACCAGUUAGAUGUCAACCGCCGAGUAGACGGGUUGCGUCGCGAUUGAAUCCAGUGGCUUGGAUUCUUAUACUCCCAAAUCUGCCUGCCAAAACCAAGGAAAAGGAUAUCACUUCUGCUAUCACCUUGUCAAAUCACAUGCCUAGAAAAAUAGAGAUUGGAGAGGUCAACUACGACGUGGAAGGAGAAGAAGCGAGUGCAAUUGUAAUGUCUCUAUUAGUUAAGGUUGGUCCUAUUGAAUGGAGUCAAAUCAGUACGGAACUGGGAGGCAAAAGAGCAAAAGCAGUUGCUAGAUAUUACGAGGAGUCCGAUGCAAGAGCAGCAAUUAUUUCAUUGCAAGAAAUGCCUCUACCAUUCUGUAAAACCUUGACUUUGACUAUCCAGCUCAUUAGUACCGCAAAAUUCAAAGUUGCAAGCUCAGUUUUCAAUGCGGUCCAAGGCCGAAUCCGCACUGCCAGUCAAGUUUGGGAUGAACAGCAUUUGAAAUUUAAGAUAUAUCCUAGCGCAGGUCCCAAGCAACAGUACCGAGUUCUCAAGAUUGAAGGCGAGGCUUCCAAAGAUGUGGCUGCAGCGAAAGAGACAUUGAAUGAGAUAUUAGACGGGGUCACAGUGAUGAAUGGCGAUAAGCCUCUAUGGACCUCUUCUCUAAUUGGCAAUGGAACCGUAUUUCAAAAACUCAAAAAGAUUCAGCAAGAUCACGGAGUUAUCAUUGUUCGGGACAAGAGAAAACAAGAGAUCAAGCUCUACGGCCCCGAGGAAAAUUGCAAGGAAGUGGAAUCGAUCAUCACAACAAUUGUUGGUACCGAAUCAGACAAUGCCCGUUUGAUCGAAUUGAAACCCGAAGACUUUCGAUGGGCAUGUAAUGGUGGCUUUAGAAUGAUUACUACUGCACUCGGGGAUAAUAUUGCCACGUUCGACUUCGUCUCAAGACCUAGGAGGAUCUUGAUCGUGGGUACGAAAAAAGAUUAUGCAACUGCACUGAAAAUGAUCAGUAAGAAAGAAUCCAAACCACUAUCCAAGCCAGUCACCACCAAAGAGGAUUGUGUUGUAUGCUGGGGAACAGCAGAUGACCCCAUUCUCACCAAAUGCAACCACGUAUAUUGCAUCGAGUGUUUCGAGCUUUCUUGCAACGCCGCAAGUUCCAGCGGAAAAAACUUCUCCAUCAAUUGCCACGGAAACAUGGGGAAAUGUCAAAUUAAUUUCAGUCUCGAAGAACUACAAGAAAUCCUCUCAUCCAAAGCAUUUGAAGAUAUCCUCGCGGCUUCUUUCUCAUCCCACAUCCAGCGAAAUCCACAGACAUUCCGUUAUUGUCCAAAGCCAAAUUGUGAGAACAUUUACCGAGUGACAGAAGCCAUGCAUUUCAAUACCUGCACGGAGUGCUGCACGGUGAUAUGUACAUAUUGUCACCAGGCGCACGAGAAAAAGACAUGCGCGGAGUAUCAAGAUGAAACAUCUGGAAGAUUUGAAGCUACGCUCAAGCUGAUGGAAAGAAUUGGAAUCAAGAGUUGCCCCAAAUGCAAGACACACAUCGAGAAAACGGCUGGGUGUAAUCAUAUCGAGUGUAAGUGUGGAGCGCAUCUUUGCUGGGUAUGUUUGGAGUCAUUUGAAAACUCAAAGCUGUGCUAUGAACACAUGUCAGCGAAGCAUGGAGGAUGCUUUGAGUUAGGCUAUUGAGGAACGGGAUUUGGCCUUUCAAGUCACUUUCAAUUCUGAGUUGGGAUAUUUUUGGUAAAGGAUUAUAUUUUCACACCUCUUUUCCCUUCGUAAUGUUUGAUCUCGUUCUGAACAAUUUCACUUUCUCACGACAUUUUGAUAUUUCUCAUAUUUCUCUCAACUCAUGUAUUGUAUUCAUUGAAUUUCACUCUCACCAAUUCCAUAUACCGUA